CAAAUGGUAGUGACAGAUGUGGGAUGGGGGAGGGAAGGGGUGAGUACUGGGGAGCAUCUGAUGUUGUCACGGAGUAAAGGUCAGCCGUAGUACACUGAGUAGAACCACAGGGAGAACCCCAUCAGUUAGCACCGGGGAUCGAACUGCUAAUCUUGCUGUAAGGCUAGACAACUGCCCGUUGUUAAGUGUUUUUCCAUAAUUGCUCUGUACUAUAUGGAUUGUUGAUAACACCGCUAAGGACAGCGCUAGGUGCUUUCUUACAUAAACAAAGGUGUAUUACUUACAUCACGUGUUUCAAACUCAAGGCCCGAGGGCCAAAUGUGGCCCGCCAAGUCAUUUUGUACGGCCCUCGGGAGCUUAAAAAGCAUUUAUUAUUAUAAAAUCAUCAUGCUGAGCUUCUUUACCCGAUAAAUGAAUUUUUAUUUUUUUUAUUACGCAGCAAUGAAUAAUAUUUGUAUAUGCUGUAUCUGAAAAUUAGUUUGACAUCCCCGUCUUACACAGUGGCGUUUGGAAACACGUUGGUCUUAUUUUGAAACUUCAUUCCGGAAACCUAACUCUGACUGUGUUCGCUUUGACUCACAAUUAGCUCCCUACCCCCCUGUGUGUCUCAGUCCCACUGUUGCCAUUCCGACGCAUUAGAGGAGCAACAGCUCCGCGGGACGAGUUGGACGAAGUGACGCUGAUUCAACCUCUGGACACACAGACAGACACAGACACAGAGACAAGGGGUGGAAAAAAAUUGCAUCCUCCCGCAACCUGCGCUCACAAAGCUGCCCGCAGAGAUGCGCCCCUGGACAGAGGCUGGCUGUGGAUGAAGUCCAGAGAAGAGGAGAAUGAGUGAGGGAGGACGCGGAGUGAGCGAAGACACGCGUCUGGACUAGGAAUAAUAAGGCGUUUGAAUGAAGCGGACGUGAACUGAUAGAAGAAGGUCUCCGCGGCAGAGGAGCAGCAGCAGCAGCAGCAGCAGCAGGACCCGCUCGGUGCUGGUGAUGGGGCGCUGAUUGCUCCGGAGUCAGCAGUGAAGACAUGAGAAGUGGCCGAAGAACACAAAGCUCGUCUGCGCUGCUGCGUCUUUGAGUCUUCCUCCAGCCUCUCCCCCACCUCACCCUCCAACCGGUCCGCUCUACACCUUAAUUCAUGUGGCAAACGCCUGCUUUAUGACAAUGGAUUACCUGCUGUGGGUGUGCAGCCUCGUUGUCCCUGCGGUGCUGGCUGUGGAAGAAACCCUUAUGGACAGUCGGUGGGCAACCACAGAGUUGGCCUGGACCACGUUUCCAGAAAGUGGGUGGGAGGAGGUCAGCGGCUACGAUGACUACAUGAGCCCAAUCAGAACCUACCAGGUGUGCAACGUCCGACAGCCCAACCAGAACAACUGGCUGAGGACGGACUUCAUCCCCCGGAGGGGGGUUCUACGCGUCUACGUGGAACUCAAGUUCUCCGUACGGGACUGUGCCAGCAUCCCCAACAUACCUGGUUCCUGCAAAGAGACCUUUAACCUGUUCUACUACGAGUCGGAGGGCGACACCGCGACGGACAGCAGCCCUCAGUGGAGGGAGAACCCUUACGUGAAGGUGGAUACUAUAGCUCCGGACGAGAGCUUCUCUCUGCUGGAGGCGGGCAGGAUCAACACCAAGGUGCGCAGCUUUGGCCCGCUCUCGAAGGCUGGCUUCUACCUUGCGUUCCAGGACCUGGGGGCGUGCAUGUCGCUCAUCUCGGUCAGGGUUUUCUUCAAGAAGUGUUCCACCACCAUCGCCAACUUCGCCGUCUUCCCCGAGACUGCCACCGGAGCCGAAGCCACUUCCCUAGUCAUCGCUCCGGGGGCCUGCGUGACCAACGCUAUGGAAGUGUCCGUUCCUUUAAAACUGUACUGCAACGGCGAUGGCGAGUGGAUGGUUCCCGUGGGCUCCUGCACCUGCGUCGCUGGUUUUGAACCCUCCACGGACGGCAUCCAGUGCCAGGCUUGCACACCCAGUACCUUUAAAUCCAAAUUUGGGGAGGGCAACUGUGUCCCCUGCCCGUCCAACAGUCGCACCAGCGCUCGAGGAGCCAAUAUCUGUCCCUGCCAGAUGGGUUUCUACCGCGCCGACACUGAUCCUCCUGACUCCGCUUGCACCACCAUUCCCUCGGCGCCCCUCAACGUGAUAUCCAGCGUGAACGAGACCUCGCUGUCCUUGGAGUGGGAGGAGCCUGAAGACAGUGGCGGCAGGAGCGACCUGGUCUACAACGUGGUGUGCAAGAAAUGUCUGAGGGACCGCAGCCCGUGCACCCGGUGCGACGACAACGUUGACAUCGCCCCUCGGCGCCUGGGGCUGAGGCAGAGGAAGGUGGUGGUGAGGAACCUGCAGGCUCACACCCGCUACAGCUUCGAGGUCCAGGCCGUGAACGGCGUCUCUGGGAAGAAUCCCACCUCCCCCAGCUACUCCACCGUUAACAUCACCACCAAUCAGGCCGCGCCUUCAGCGGUUCCCACCGUCCAUUUGAUGCGCUCCACCUCCGACACGCUCAGUCUGUCCUGGUUACCGCCGGAGAAACCCAACGGAGUGAUCCUGGACUACGAGAUUAAGUACCACGAGAGGGGUCAGAUCAUGUCUCACACAGUCACAGCCCAGCACAGCUCAGCCAAGGUGGACGGUCUGAGAGCAGCCACCCCCUACGUGGUGCAGGUCAGAGCUCGCACCGUGGCCGGAUACGGACGCUACAGCAACCCCAUGGACUUCAGCACCACCAGCCUGAACAGUGACCCUCAGAAGUCGGUGCAGGACCAGCUGCCUCUCAUCGUGGGCUCGGCCUCCGCUGGUCUGGUGGUGAUUGUUGCCAUGGUGGUUAUCAUGUUUGUUGUGCUUAAGAAGCAGCGCAGCGGCUCGGAGCUGGAGUACACGGAGAAACUGCAGCAAUACAUUUCUCCCGGGGUCAAAGUUUACAUCGACCCUUUCACCUACGAAGACCCCAACGAUGCCAUCCAUGAGUUCGCCAAAGAGAUCGACAUCUCCUGUGUCAAAAUAGAAGAAGUCAUUGGUGCAGGUGAAUUCGGUGAGGUGUGUCGCUGCCGUCUGAAGCAGCCCGGCCGUAGAGAAAUGGUGGUGGCGAUCAAAACGCUGAAGGCCGGCUACACCGAGCGUCAGAGGCGGGACUUUUUGGCCGAAGCCUCCAUCAUGGGCCAGUUCGACCAUCCCAACGUGAUCCGGCUGGAGGGGGUCCUGACGCGGAGCUGCCCCGUCCUCAUCAUCACCGAGUUCAUGGAGAACGGAGCCUUGGAUUCCUUCCUCAGGCUAAAUGACGGACGCUUCACCAUGACGCAGUUAGUCGGGAUGCUGCGCGGCAUCGCUUCAGGGAUGAAGUACCUGUCGGACAUGAACUACGUUCACCGGGACCUCGCCGCACGUAAUAUCCUGGUCAACAGCAACUUGGUCUGCAAGGUGUCUGACUUUGGUCUGUCGCGCUUCCUGGAUGACACUUCAGCUGAUCCCACUUACACGAGCUCCCUGGGAGGGAAGAUCCCCAUCCGGUGGACGUCUCCGGAGGCCAUCGCCUUCAGGAAGUUCACGUCGGCCAGCGACGUGUGGAGCUACGGCAUCGUCAUGUGGGAGGUGGUGUCUUACGGCGAGAGACCGUACUGGGACAUGAGCAACCAGGAUGUGAUGACAGCGGUGGAGCAGGACUACCGUCUGCCUCCACCCAUGGACUGUCCCAUGGUGCUGCAUCAGCUGAUGUUGGAGUGCUGGAUGAAGGAAAGGAACCUGAGACCCAAGUUUACUCGCAUCGUCAGCACGUUGGACAAACUGCUCCGCAACGCCGCCAGCCUAAAGGUGGUGACCAGCAACACGUCAGGGGAUCUGCUGCGGCUGGGAGGAACACUGCCGGGACACAACAGGAAGAGUCCGGACAGCAGUCAGGAAAUCGUUCGGCAGCAGAUGAGCCAAACUCUGCCCAUCAGAGUGUGAGCAGCUGGAAGCUCCGGAGGACGCAGAAUGAAUAAAUAACUACCUACGAACCCUGGUGCAAACAGACUCAUGUAAAAUAUGAAAAAAAAAAAUUAGAAAAAAAGAGGAAAAGGAAGAGAAGAGAAGAAAGCUCCAGACGGAGGAGGAAGACUCUCGAGGAGACGUCGAGCUGCGACGUCCGUUUGAAGAACUUUUCCAUUGCAGUGUGUGUUUAUUACUUGACCCCCUUGUGGAUUCGUGACUGUCGACAUAAGGCCAAACUUCCUGUUGACCCCUCUCAGGUUGUGUUUGCAUGUCUGCAUGUGUUUUGGACUCUCCGCUCCGGACUAGGGUUCGGUGGAGCUCAAACAAACGAUGGGAUCGGCGUUCCCGUGAUACAACAGUGCCAAGACGAAGCCGAGUCGAAGCUUUGACGACGCUAAGAGCAGUUCUUCAUCUGUAGAUUCUUUCAUUGCCGUCAGCCUCUGAUUUUAUUCAAACCAACCGAUGUUCCUUCGUUUUAUUUUUGUGAAAGGAAAAACAGACACAAACACUUUUUCAUAUCUUCCUCCUGAAAACAGUCUUCCAUCUGUACUGGGAGAUUUUCUUGUUACAACUCUUGUACAAAGCAUCUGAGUCUUCACACUGUCUCUCUCUCUCCCUCUCUCUCUCUCAGAGACAUGAUUGAUAAUGUGCGGGACACGUCAUGUGCAUGCCAAAGUGGAAGCUUUUACGUGUAAAAAAAAAAACAGAAAAAAAAAAACAUUUACUGUCCAUUUACAACCAUAGACCUUUCCUAAAAAUGGACCUAGCCUUCCAGCUCCAGAAUUUAGCUGCAAGGUUAAACCACAAAAAAAAAAAAAAACUCUGCUGGUUUGGAAGUAACUCUAACUUUAAAAAAAAAAAACUUUUCUGAAAACAUGACAUUGCCAACAACUAGCUUUUAAGACAUCGUUAUUAGAUCAUCGUGUUAGGAUUCCAAGCUAAGCUAGCUACCGUGGUAGCGGUCGAACAACGGCAGACAUGUCCCAGUCAGCAUUUAUUUCACUUUUGGGGCAGGCUGACGUUAUAUUUUUUUUCCAAAUGAUGUCGUUGUGUGUAUUUGAAACUACCAUGUGGUAAGGAGUGGUACUGCGGCCAAACUGACACAGUAGAGAGAAUGGUAUUUUUAUAUACGGUCAUUGGUGACUCCAUCCACGUUGCCUCUAGUGUUGAACUACUGCCACUGUUUACUUUGGUUUGAUGCAGGGUUGUAAAGAAAUCACUGGGUGAAUCGGUUUAUACCGUCACCACUGAAGAUAAAAAAAAAUCACUAACACUCUGACUUUGACACAACCCUCCAAUAAUGGUCUUGUUUCUGGCAACUUCUACGUGUUGACAUUGCCUGUAAUCAGGCUGCUAUUGGACCAACCUGCUGUCAAUCAUGAGCGUAACGCACCUUUCCCACCAUUUUACUUUAUCUGGCCUCUAAUGUAAUGUAAAGGUUUUAAAUAGGGAUGUCCGAUAUUAACAAUUUUGCCAAUAUUGUCCGAACACUUAAUUUCUGAUUCCGACACUGAAACUGCCCCCAAAACUUAAGGUAAACGUCUCGGUACCCAACAAGCGAUUCGAGCAUAUUUGGCAAAAUCAGAGCAAAAACCCGAUACCAAUUCUUGCCCGAUUUACAUAAUUAUGCUACUAUCGGACAUCCCUCGUCUUAAGCGAAUCUAUAUUGUCAAAAAAUGUUUACAUGUUGUAAAUCCAGUGAGAGACAUAUACAUAACCAAAUAUAUCGAAAGUUACUUCCAAAACCAUCACAGUUCCAGUCGACCUCUGCGGCUCCACCUAUGUCUUCUAUAUGGUCUAUGCCGUUGCUCUAACGGCAUCAAUCUGUACGGACGUUAACGUCCAUGUUUAUCGAGUCUUAUUUGAUUGAAAUGAGCAUUGUUUUGAAUGCUAACUUAUUAUCUCUAAUUGCAAAAAAAAAAGUUGUUUCUUGUAUUUUGUUUUGUUUUUUUUUACACUCGUGCUCGAAACCGGAUCUUUUUUUUUUAAAUGACUGUUUUCUUUUUCUCGCCUCCUUUCACCAAUGAAACCAGGCCGACUUGACAGAGCGAAGCGGAGGAACGGACGUUUGAUUCGCACAGACAGUGUAACCUUUUAAAGAACUUUUGACCUUACGUUGUUUUUUUUUUGUUUUUUUUUACUUUCAUCUGAAAUGAAAAGUGCCCGUGCUCGUGCUGUUGUAGAUUCUUACUUUUUGCGGAUAUGUUGCGAAUUAAAAAAAAAAGGUCACUGUGCACAGACGAUAUCUUCGUGACCUUAACAUCGAUCUGACCUACAAACGUUGAUGCUCAACAAAUCACUCACUGCUUUAUUUCUUUCUAUUUUUUUCUGACGCGUUUCCUUCAGCCGCCGGCUGUCAACAUCCCACAACUUCCUGUAUAUGUAACACUGUAUUUCUACAGGCUGACCUGACUUGGACCCUGGUUUGUAUGCUUGUUGUGCAGGAGAAAAAUGGAGGGAAAGAAACUCCAGUUGGAAGGUGGGUGUUUAACUUGAAACUACAUGUCACGAAGAAAGGAAGAAAUGUAUUAGAUUGUACAGAGACAACAACAAAAAAAAAAACGAACAACAACAACAACGCGGGAAAACCAGAACAAAAAUAAGCAUUUCUCUUUCAGUAUUUUUACGAUAAUCAUAUGCAAAUAAAUUAUUAAAUGGAC